UGGCGUCCGGCUCUAAAGACAAGACCAUCAAGCUCUGGGAUCCCGCUACUGGCGCCCUUAAGCACAGCCUAGAGGACCAUUCAUCUUCGGUUCAGUCAGUCGCCUUCUCACCAGAUGGCCGGCUGCUGGCGUCCGGCUCUGAAGACAAGACCAUCAAGCUCUGGGAUCCCGCUACUGGCGCCCUUAAGCACACCCGAGAGGGCCAUUCAUCUUCGGUUCAGUCACUCGCCUUCUCACCAGAUGGCCGGCUGCUGGCGUCCGGCUCUGAAGACAAGACCAUCAAGCUCUGGGAUCCCGCUACUGGCGCCCUUAAGCACACCCUAGAGGGCCAUUCAUUUUGGGUUCAGUCAGUCGCCUUCUCACCAGAUGGCCGGCUGCUGGCGUCCGGCUCUGAUGACGACGUCAAGCUCUGGGAUCCCGCUACUGGCGCCCUUAAGCACACCCUAGAGGGCCAUUCAUUUUGGGUUCAGUCACUCGCCUUCUCACCAGAUGGCCGGCUGCUGGCGUCCGGCUCUGAUGACAAGACCAUCAAGCUCUGGGAUCCCGCUACUGGCGCCCUUGAGCACACCCUGGAGGGCCAUUCAUCUUCGGUUCAAUCACUCGCCUUCUCACCAGAUGGCCGGCUACUGGCGUCCGGCUCUAAAGACAAGACCAUCAAGCUCUGGGAUCCCGCUACUGGCAUCCCCAAACAUACUAUAAGCACUGACGAUAUUGUUACCGACAUCAAAUUCUCCAAGAGCCUGCCCUAUCUUGUUACCAACCUGGGAUCUUUUGAUAUCCAAGCCUGGCAUGAAAGCUUCUCAUCAAAUUCCUCUGAAACAAAGAUUGAGGUAUCUCUGCAGGCAGGUCGGUGGGUCGCCAUUCAGGGUCAAAGAGAGUUAUGGCUCCCUCCCGACUAUCAGCCCAUGUCUUCAACAGUCAAAGAUGGAGCUAUAGCACUUGGGUGCAGAAAUGGCAGAGUUUGUAUAGUUACAUUUUCUAUCUAG